CCGUAUCCGCCGUAUCCUAUCUCCGGAGUUUCGACAUCGUUGUGGCGCCGUCCGCGAGCGACGUACUCUGGUGCAACGAUGGUGAAGAUUUUCAUUGGGAACCUGUCUCCUGAAGCCAAAAAGGAGGAAGUGGAAGCUCUCUUCACUCAGUAUGGCACAGUGACUGAAUGUGCAAAGUACAAAAAUUAUGCCUUUGUGCAUAUGGAUGACCGCAAGGCUGCCAACAAAGCCAUUGCUGAGCUUGAUAAACAUAAGCUGAAUGGCAGGCCUAUCAAUGUGGAGCCCAGCAGAGGAAAGAACCAGGGCCCCGUGAAGCUCCACAUAGCCAAUGUGGAGAGAGGCUAUGAAAAAGAACUCCGCGAGCUGUUUAAAGAGUACGGCACGGUCACAGAGUGUUCAAUUGUCAAGGACUUUGCCUUUGUGCACAUGUCCAAUUCUGAUGAGGCCAUGGAUGCCAUACAAGGUCUUGAUAACACAGAGUUUCAAGGAAAGCGCAUUCAUGUUCAGAUAUCCAAAAGCAGACCCAGAGGAGGAUAUGAUGAGUUUGCUGACUAUCCUCCACCGCCACCAGCCAGAGGAGGCUAUUAUCCUCCUCGCUAUCCAGUGGAAAGGCCUGAGCCUCCUUACAGAGCCCGUAUGCCUGCUUACCCUCCUCCACCACCAUCCCCUCCUCCACCCAGGCGACCAUAUCCUGAACGUGGCUAUGCUGAUCGAGAUGGCUAUGGGGUGGUUGAUUACUAUGAGAAAUACAGAGCGCGUCCUUACAGCACAGGGGGCUACGAUGACAGGCGUUCCCGUGCCAUCCCCCCUCCUCCUCCACCUCCUCCUUCAGCACUGGUUAGAGAACGACUUGGAAUGGAGUCGCCAUAUGAUCGCCGUCCUCUUCCCCCUCCUCCUCCAUCCUACAUGGCCAGGGACCGAAGCCCAAUCAGACGUGCCCCCCCACCGCCUCCUCCAGCAGCUGGUAAUGGGUACGGGUAUGAGCGCUCCCGUCUGUCCCCACUGUCCAGAUCUCAGCUGUAUCCUGCCCCACGCCCAAGGGACCCCUAUGCUGACAGGAUGGCACUGCCACCACCACCACCGCCCCGUUAUGCAGGCUAUUAGACACUGGAACAAAAUCCAAGGUUUAGAAUAUGACAAGAUCGUCGCCGUCUGCUGAUGCACGUGGCGCUAUGCAUCCCCUCGUCAAUGGCGGAUUGCGUUGCGUUCCUCUGAGACUUACUGGAAGAUGCUGUUUUGCGGACAGCCCCGUAUUUAAAACCAUACGUUUCCUUGUCUAAAGUUCACAUCCUCUUCUGAGCUGUUUAUGCUUUUUCUGUUCCUCUGCUUGUUUUACUUUUCAAAUCCUUCAAAUGUUUGCAGAGUAGGUGCUCAGUCUAUUCAGUGUGACACAUUACUUUAAUAGCCAAAAACACUUUGUUCAGUCUUUAAAUGGAUACGACCUCUUGGUGACUGUUAUUUCAUAACAAGGGAAGUCGGUUAAAUGAGAAACAUUCUAGACAUUGCAAAAACAUUGUGUUUAGACUAAGGUUGCAGGUUGAUGGCAAGAAUCUUCAGAAUUAAUGGAGAUUUAAUAUUUAAGUGCUUCAUUAUAGUACAUGGUGUGUAGGGGUUGUACCGAAAUCAGUAAAAUUUGCGCCACUUGUUAGCAUGACAAAUCAAAAGUUCCAGUGUGGUUUUGUUCUUUUUACGCUUUGUGUUAUUUUUUUUUGCGAAAGUCUUUAGCACCGUGUGUAUGAUUUUAUUUACUUCACAAGAUGCUUUUCAUUUGAAGGCCUUUUAAUAAAAACAAAUCAAACCAAAAACGCUUUAACUGUGAAGUUAUUCCUCGUUGGGUAGGCCACUCUUCACCAGGCCAGAUCUUUUCAGUCUUAUCAAUGCCUGUCACGUGUAGCACGCAUUGUAAAUCCUCUAGGAUGUGUUAAGUUUCUUAGUUGUUGUUUUUUCCACUGGUAAUGUUUCAAAUCAUGCAGUGCCCAAUUAAAAAAAACUUCCUACGAAUGAAGGCAAGCCACAGGUUUGAGGACGAGCGCUUCGAUUCAGCCGUUUAGAUUUUUUGCCAUAACUCUCUGGAGUCAUUAUUGGGGAAAACAAAAUCGAUGAAAGCUUUAACAGUAUUGUGAACUGACUCGCACCCCCAGCAUAAAUUUUUAGAGGUAGAGCACUAAGCAAGCUUUCCCUGGUCAAAGCUUUAAACCCUGGUUAUAGAUCUGGUAUCAUGAAGGUGUUUAUGAAAUAUGAUCGUGUCUAGUCCUUCAGACCGAGCGCUCCAAAAUAGGUUAAGGGCAUCAGUUGAUGCUUCAGCUACACAAAAAGGACAAUCAUCGCCUGCCUGCUUCUGCAGAUUAAAGUACGCGACGUUGAGAUGAAUACAUAGAAGUUGUUUGAAAAAGAGAGAAUUUUAAAAUUGCUGCAUGGAAGAAUAUAAUCUCUUGGCUGGUCUUGCCAUCCCAUGAACUUCUUGUUCAUUUCUGAUGCAACAAUUACACUAGAGGUGGGAAUCUUCGGGCACUCCACAAUUCAAUUACGAUUCAUAGGGCUACAAUUCGAUUCUCAGCCGAUUGAUGCACUUAGUUUUUAAUUUUAUUUUUUUUUACAUUUCUGUAGUUCUCACUGUGUCAAACAAAAUUAAAACAUUAAAUUUGUGUUUAAAAAAAAAAAAAAAAAUUUCCACUCUCCUCUAAUGGAAGAUGUUUGUAAACUGGAUAUUUAAAAUUGCACUGAACCAAAGGUAGCAGCAUCCUUUCUUUGUAACACGUCAGGAAUUAUGAACAUAAAAAUGUCCUUUUUCACAGAUGAAUAACUGAUAAUGUAAAUCUUGCUGUCAAGUGCUGGGUGUCAGAGUUCCACCUUUUUGUUCCCACCUUUUUGUUCCACAGUAUUUAAAGUGUCAAUUAUUGAUUAUUGGACAUUUUAAAAUCUUUUCAGGAUCUUCCACCUCCACAUCACGAUGCAGCUUGGUAGCGAAUCGAAUCUGAUACUUUUCCUUCAUGAGGUGUGGAAAUGGGCCUUACUACAAUAGAUAUUUAGGCAAAGACUUUAAUGGUUUCACACGUGAAGACGUAAGGGUUCUUCUAAAAACAGCCAUACUAAUUAGAUUCUGCAAGAUAUUUGGAAAGUUUUUAAGAUCUGAUCUUUGAGAUGAUCUGCUUAAAUUAAAUUGGUGAACAUGAAACGGGUUUAAAUAAAGAGGCAAGAAAGAUGAGAAGGCAAGUCUCUGUGCAGUGUUAAAUUUGUCAACUAAAACUAUGACUAAAAAUGUUGAUCAGCCUUUUUUCCCAUGACAAAAACUGGACUCAAACUAAAAAAAAACAAAAAAAAAUCUGUGAUGACUAAAACUGACAAAAACUAAAUUUAGUUUUUCAUCAAGAUGACUAAAAUGUAAUAUAGGUUUCAUCGGACAUUCAAAAUCUGUGAUAUUUCUUCACUUUGGGUAAAUCUGUCAAAAAACCACGUAGCUGUAUCUCUUUGCCUCUCAGCUAUAGAAAGCAGGGACCUCAGGUUUGGCAGAGUGCUGAGAACACACUACCAUGAUUUGGUACCAAAUUUAGGUAAGAAAUGCUUGGACUAAAAGUAACAACUAAAAUGUGAGGACUUUUUAUGGACUAAAACUAAAAAGGAUGGAAAUUACUAAAAUGUGACUAAAACUAAAAUGCAAUUCAUUUAAAGACUAAAAUUAAAAAUGGCUACCAAAAUUAACACUGUCUUUGUGGUCCAUACAUAAUGCGCUACCAUAACUGCACAGCUUGCUCUGUAGCUGUGUAUGCAACAAUAGACGCUUCCAUGCACACAUGCUUUCAGCUGAGGACCUGUAGUGUAGUGUAGUGUCCCCAGAACAUAUUCCAGGUAAUAUUAACGACAGUACAGCUUAAUUUAAGCCUGAACUCUGAACAAUCUCUGGGCAAUCACUUUUUAUUACGAAGGGUGCCAAAAAGGCUUGAGCCAGCCAUGUGAGCCCUUUCCCCCCCUGCAAAAUCUGUGAACGUUAACUGUGAACCAAAAACAGCUUUGAGUCGGACCCCCACUCCCCGAAGACUGCUCCAUUCUUAUGGAAUUUGUAAAUGUUCACAAAGAAAAUCCUUCUAAAAGUAUUCGACCAUGAGGACAAUUCCAACUGCUGUCAUCUGUAUUCUCAUCUUUUGUUGAACCUUUGUUAUGAAAGUGAAAUUAUCCAUAUUGUCCACAGUUCUAUUGUCCUGUGAUAGUCUGUACUUGAAACUCUUUGUUCACUGUCAUCAUUACUAUUUAUACAUUCUAUCUUCCUUUAUCUUAAGUUGAACAUUUUUGUAUUUUUGGCAGAGUUAUAUGCAACCUUGGGUUUCUUAGUAUUUUUGCU